AUGCCUUUCAUCACUGCCAACACCUCGUUUGCUAUCCCCGAAAGACUCAAGGCUCUUCAAACGGCCUUCUUUGCGCCCAAUCACGAUGCUCAUAUCUGGAUCGAUGGAUGGUACCCCGACGUUCUUACCAUGGAGCAUGCCGCUAUGCAAGCUUAUGGUAGCUCGGCAUCUCAUUGGGGUGGUGCCGAUAUUAUGCAGGUCCUCGAGCUGAUUCCAGAGGAUGACCCUUUUCAGCCAAGGGCCCAGUGGAAUGUGACAACGGAUUUGUAUCCGAAUCGAGCCACAUCGAAGGUUAUUGCCGAUGCGUCGCAUGCGCUGUUCCCUGAGCAAGGAAACCCAUUUUGGAGGCUGUUUUGCCAUGGUUGA